UGGUGACGUCGCAUCCGGAAGCGAUUACCAAGCGAAUUCCAUACAUAGUACACCCGGCAUUAGUACACCCUAUUCCUAUGCACGGUUUUAUCACUAAAUCUGCGCUCCAGUCGUCCCCUAAUUAUCGAUGGCUACACGAGUUCACUGCCAUCUCCUCUCUUGCACAACCUCAUCUAUAGUACCACUGCAAAAGGUGCCAAAGCUGCGUGUACACAGAUCGCGCGACACGUACCACAACGACGACCGUUGGCGCUUUGAGCGCGCCCCAUCAUCCGCGAUCCAGCGCGCGCCGGCUGCUCGCGUCAGUUUAGAAACGCAUACCGUAACGUGAACACGUUCCCGAGCGCACAAGCGCGUGCCUUCCAGGUCCCGGAGCUGCUUCCAACGACCGCAGCCGUCUAUGAUAAGUUGUUGAGCAGCUUUCGCGCAGCGGGCUGUCCGCGCGAUCCAAAUCUAUGUGGCCGCAUCGUAUGUUCCAGACGUAUGAGGAUGCUGACGAUGGACUGAGACAAAAAAGUGCUGUGUGAAGAUCGUGCGUGAACGUUCCAGUGAUCGAUCCUUUUGUGUGUGUGGCAGUGGAUGCGCCAUGAUAAGUGACAGUGAUUUCCGGGACUCCUACGUAAUCGUAUUCCGGAGGUGCAACCAUCUGAUAUGCUUGUGAUAAUAGUGUGGCAGCUGGAAAUCCUUCUACACAAUCACUAGUGCGAGUGUAUGUGUUUGUGUGUGACCGAAGAGAUCAAAGUUUCAACUUCCAGCGUGUGAUCGACACAGUGAGGACAGUAUCAGUAUCGCGAAUCCAACCAACAUGGCGUCCGAUGUGCGCUGUGGUCUAUCGUGCUGGCAUCCGCGCUGGUUACAGCGGUUCGCCACGCCACGAUCCUUUAUCAUGGUGUACGGAUUCCUCGGCACGGUCCAGGCAAUGGCGUACAUCUACUUCGUCAUCACGCUCACCACGCUGGAAAAGCGAUUCAAAAUUCCUUCCUCAACCACGGGUAUCAUUCUCAGCGGUAACGAAAUAUCGCAGAUCCUCCUGUCGCUCAUUCUCUCGUACGUUGGUGGUCACCGGAACAGACCACGAUGGAUCGCCUGGGGUGUGGUGUUCUGUGCCCUUUCCUGCUUCAUCCUAGCGCUGCCACACUUCAUCUACGGCCCGGGCGAAGAUGCACUGCGCCUCACGAAGGAGUACUUGAGGGAUAAGGCAGAGGAUGAGGCCAACUUACGGCUGCACCAGAACGUCACGAUGCUGGUAAAAAGCUCGAACCGUCUGUGCAUGGCCGAGUCGACGGAGAAGGAGUGCCUCGAUACGAUCUCGAUCGUACCGUUGGUGCUGAUCUUUAUGUCCCAGUUUGUGCUCGGCAUUGGCAACACCCUGUACUAUUCGCUCGGUCAAACCUACCUGGACGACAAUACGAAGAAGACCAAUACACCGUUAAUGCUGGCGUACGCCUCGUCGUUGCGUACCUUCGGGCCGGUUGUAGGCUUUGCUCUCGGUUAUUUGGCGCUGAAGAUCUACAUCGAUCCGACCAAGACACCGAUCAUCGACAGUUCUGAUCCACGUUGGCUAGGUGCUUGGUGGUUAGGCUGGAUACUGCUCGGUAUUGCGAUGCUCUUCUUUGCCAUGCUAACUGGACUCUUUCCGAAGGAGAUUCCAAAGAAGCAGGCGGCGGCACCGACGAAAACCAAACGACCAAACUCCAACAUGCCCGUCAUACUGAUGAACGAUGCGGAAGCGUUCGGGAAGGAAAAGGAAGAGCUUCGCCAAGCGGCAAGACACCAGCGGACAGUCUCCGAGAGUGCACCCGAGUUCGUCGAAAGUAUUGUGGAGUUUCCGAAGCUAAAAGACUUUCCGACGGCGUUGAUGCGUUUGUUGAAAAACAAGCUGUUGAUGUUCAACAUUCUGUCCGGUAUAUUCUACAUUCUUGGUUCGAGUGGUUACAUCACCUUCCUGAGCAAGUACAUCGAGGUGCAGUUUCACAAAUCGCCGGCCAAUGCGACGGUCAUCACGGGUCCGAUCACGUUGUUCGGUAUGGUGGCAGGAUUCCUCAUUUCGGGCAUCGUUAUCUCGAAGAAGAAACCAUCUCCCCGGAAACUGCUGUUCUGGAACGUGAUCGUUGGCUUUGGGUAUAUGGCUGGACAGUUUUCCUAUCUUUUCCUGACCUGCCCCGAUGGUACGAUGCCGUUGGUACAGGGUCGCUUAAAUCUGACCACCGAGUGUAACAGCCAUUGCCACUGUGACGGUAUUCCGUACACGCCGGUCUGUCAGGAGGAGACGGGAAUAACGUUCUUCUCUGCCUGUCACGCCGGUUGCGACAACUGGCAUACGGCGGACAAGUACUACGAUCGGUGCUCUUGCCAGAAUGAAAACUACUCCCCCAUCACAAAGCUUCCUUGGGAGAGGUCACCGAAUGGUUCUGGUUCUGCUACCUAUCUGCCCUCUACGCAUCCAUAUCAGACGACGGUGAGCACCAGUACAGUACUGAUUCAGUCCACAACCACUGACGCUCCUAGUAGUACUCGGAGCGAAACGGCAACGCUCUCAACGAGCACUGCUGCGGUUACUGUUACCGAUACGAUACAACUGCUUGCCAAUGCGAAUGAAACGAAAGUUAACUACACGUUAUCCCACGACUCACCUCCUGACCUAAUGGCGCCUGAUGCAACAGGCGAGUUACCGAUGGAAAUCACGGAAUCGACAACUGCCGUGCCCGUGGAUGGUGAAGAUUCCGUUGUGAUGGAAGCAGCCGAGGAAGCGGCUAGUAGUUAUCCGGAAGCUGAAAGGCGAAGGAAAAGAGCUACCAGUACAGGGGAUGGCGAGGAUAGUAGCACCACUACCAACCCACCGGACACCACGCUAUACAGUGUGAAACUAGUGCCGGGUGCGUGCAUUCAGGGCUGUGCCCUCGGAUUCUACCUCUUCUCCAUCAUCUCCAGUAUCAUCAACUGCCUCGGUGCGUCCGGCCGGAUCGGUAAUCUGCUGGUGAACUAUCGCUGUGUCUCGAAGCAGGACAAAUCGUUCACCCAGGGACUGAUCCUCAUGAUGAUUAGCUUGUUCGCGCUCAUUCCCGGACCGAUCAUCUAUGGUCGGAUCAUCGACAGUACGUGUCUGGUGUGGACGGAAGAAUGCGGUAAGCGAGGCAACUGCCAACUGCACGAUCAGAAGCUGUUCCGGUACUACAUCAACAUUACGGCCCUGUGUCUCACAUUCGUCGGUGUGUUCUUCGAUGGGCUCGUUUGGUGGUACGGUCAAACACUGGACCUGUACGGUGAGCGGGAGCAAGCCGAACAGCAACAGAAGCGCCAGCACCCGACAGGUGCCAAGGUGCAUCCCGAACCGAUCAGUAAUCAAGCGUUCAAAUGAAAUACGUGAUUGUCCCUCCAUACACGGAUGCGCCGGGUGUUGUUUGCUUUUCAUAUGCGUUCGUUUUGCUCCAGUGUGUAUGGGUGUUUAUGUUACUUUUAAUUUAUGUACAUUAAGAUUACGGUUAAUAAGAUGAUAAGGGAUUCUCCUCUGUACCGACAAU